GUGUGCAGCCCCAGAACUACAAGGUCCAGAUUGUGAACCCUAAUAUUUACUUCUCUUUAAGAACUACUAUUAAAGCCCCUAUUGCAUAUAAGUCAAAAGGUGUGAGGUGUUAGUUGAGCAAUGGAAAGAUUCCAUUCCCAACCCAUUUUAGCUCCUUUAUGUCAGUUCAUCCACAUACCCCUUCUAGAUGCCCUGUCAGCCCACCUGCUAGAAUAAUGUGACUCAAAUUUUGGGAGUCAAUGUCUUUGGCCAUACUGCAAGCGUUGAAUUUAAGUGUGUCAUAUCCAAAACCAGGUGAAAUGAGUUACAUGCCAUGUAGAUCAAAUGUUCUAACUAUGUACAAAGCUAAGUUGCUUCAGGUUGCAGUAUCUACUAUUUUUAGCUAAUUGCAGAACCUAAUUUUCCAUUUUUUUAUAGAUGUUAAUGAGAAAUCAGAAGGCAUCUGAAGAAUCUGUGCUUAAUCAGUACAUUGAUGUACAUAAUUUAAUUCCUUGUGGUGAUGUGGUACGUAGAUUAAAAUGGCUUGUUGGCAGUUAGUGUGAAGCUGUGCAGAGAUUUCACCCCCAAAUUUGAUGUUAAACAUGACACCUACUUACUGAUUCGCAUUAGCAUUGAUAAAAUCAUGAAAUGCACGAAUCCCCAAGUCUUCCGACCAAGCAAGAAGCAAAUUCCGCUUAAUUUUGGAGACGUGAGAUAUUUUUCUCUGAAGGUUCCAAAGCAGAGAAGUGAUCCUAGGAAUAGGAUUACUUUAGAGCUGGUGGGCUUUGAUGGUCCAAAAGACUUUCCAAGGCUCUAUGGGAGUGCAAACAUGCACCUUUAUGAAGUCAUUCAAAAACAGUCCUUCAUUGAAACAUGUGCUAUGAGAAUCAGAAAUAUGGUGUUCUGCACAGCAGAAGUGGAAUAUAUGUUCUGCUAUGGAUGUCUUGGAUAUGGAUAUUCACAUCAGGUCUUGUCUCUCUUUGCUGAAGUAGAUGAUUUGAAUUUGAAUCACAAGGCUGAAAGGGACCAGAAUAUCAUGAAGCCUAGCACCCCUCCCAUGCACUGUAAAUUAUGUUCCAGCCCACAGCUGAAACUGCCAGGUGCAGAUCCUGCAAAGGCUGUGGCAUAUUCCAUGUUUCUGCGGGUUCCCCCUCCAGAAGACAGAAGAGACACUAUAAGCAAUGUCAUCAAGCCACUGCGCUUGGAUUACCCUGCAUUCUUAUCUCCAGACUUGAAUGUUUCAGUGGCAAAGAUUCAUCUGGACAAACCAAUACCUACAGAGCACUACAAAAGUCUUCAGGAGGCUUUGCAUCAGCCACCCCGAGAAAGACUGGAGAGACUGAAAACUGAAUAUCGGAAUCUAAAAACAUGGCAUGAAAAGGCAGAUUAUUUAGAUCAACUGAUCUUAAAAAAGGGACCAAAAGUAAAACCAGGCCAAACAAAGGUAUCUCGCUUCAAGGAAGCUGUUGGGAAAAUACAGCGCCCUCAAGCAUCUACAGUUUAUACCUCCUCAGCUUCAGAAGUAAUGUCUCAUGAAAACAUGAAAUCAUUCGCCGGAGAAGACAUGAAGAAAUGGGCAAGUCAACUGUCUGCUCUCUCAUCACGACCUUCUGGACCUGUGCCAUCCCGCAGAAACUUAUUUUCAUCAGAACAAAUUCCUAAACCAGCUGAAACAACCCCUCCUGUCCCAGCGCUGACUGUAACCCCUAACCCUACGUGUUCUCCAGUAUCUUCAGAUGGAGAGAACACGAAAGACAUGGUUGUAACAGAAAGACUUCAUCCUGACUCUUCAGAUGGAGAGAAUAUGAAAGACAUGGUUGUAACAGAAACACUUCAUCCUGCGUCUGAAACAACCUCUCUAUCAAGUUCCAUUGGAAGCGCAGCAAAAAAUUCUGAGGCUAGGGAUUCAGAAAGCCUUGCUUCUGCAGGUCCUGAGAGGAAACUGUCAGUUGAGGAAAUACCCGUCAUAGUCAAAAAACCAUACAUCAAAGAAUAUCUGCCAGAACCAAUACAGGAAUCACAGCCUAAGUCUGAAGUUUCUGUGAGUGUCUCACCUCAGUUUGUGGCACCUCCUAGACCAUCAGAUUCAGUUGUUGAACCAGUACAGCAAUUGCCUUGGAAAUCUACGUUCCAGGAAGCGGUUUUUAGUGGAAACAAGUUUGAACCAUUCUUGAGAAGUAUCAGUAAAGUACAGCCUCCUCCACUUAUUUUUGGCAAAGGAGAUGUCAGUCUUUUAGGAAAAACGUACCCAUCUGAUGCUAACAAAGAACGAGAAGACCAAGAUCCACCUGAUGGGAUGUCAUUGACAAAACUGGGGAGUAGUACGGACACUAAAUUAAUCAAGAGCAGUGGGGAGCUUUCUAUACUAAGGCUUAUAGAAAGAAAAAUGGAUUUAGAAGAGGAGGAUCAAAAACGUGGCAUGCAGGAUGAAAAGGCAUCAGAACCACUCGCUGUCACAUCGGGUUCUUCUCAAAAGACACCAGAAGAUAAACUAGCAGAACAAGCAGAAAUAAAACAGGUUGAGAUUUCCUUUGAGAAGUCUCUUGAAGAUGUGCUUGCUGAUAAACUUGUAAAAGUCGUAGCAGUGUCAUCGAUUUUAAGCAAAAACCUUGAAAACAUAGUUGCAGAGGGACUCUCAGAAGCAAAGCUGUCUGAAACACUGGAAGAUAGCAGUUUGCCAGGGGAUGAUAAAUGUCUUCCUGAGGAAAGAAAGAUGUCUGGCGAGAAGGUUGCAGAACCAGAGGUAACAAAACUGACAGCUGCUGUAAGUCAGAAUUUGCAGGCUCAUCUUAUAGACAAAUUGUGUGAAGAGGGGAUAAUCACAGAUACAGAUCUACCUGAAAAAGACCAGAUAGUUUCUUUUCCAAUUACUAGUGAUUUGCUCAAGAGGAGGAAAAGCUUGUCCAAAGAAAGCAUGUCACAAACUGAAAUAGCAACACUAAAAUCACUAAGUGAGCAUCUAUCAGGAACCAUCACCAAAGCCGAAUCCAUGCAGCAUAGUAAAGAAAGUAGUAAGGAAAGUAUUAAAGAAAGUAGUAAAGAAAGCGAGUUAGUAGUUACAGGGACAGGUUUAUCUGAAAGCAAAAUAGAUGGCGAUAGAGAGGCUGCUUCAUGUCCUAAAACCGACAGUAGUCCAGUUGAACAAACAAAUGCAGAGACAGGCUUAGGAAAAGAACCCUCUAAACAGUCACUGGAAAUCAUUAGAGUAAUGUUACCUGUGAACACAGACACAGAUAACAUUAAGCAGCGACUUUCUAUUCAUGAUGCUCUCCUAGAAAAAAUUUUAAAAGCAGAAAUAAUAAGUUUAAAAUCACUUUUAAGCAAAGAACAUCAAGAUCACUUUAAAGAUAAACUUUCAGCAGCUGGAUUAAAGGGAGAAGACUUGAAAACAGUGUGCCGGAAGUUGUCUUUGGCUGUGAAAGGGGAUGACAGUGUUACACCAGAGAAGGCUGCGCUGCAGGAAUGGCAGGAUUCCUCUAGUGAGGGCCUUGCUAAAGAGACAUUGGUGGUAAAUGAAAGUAUUCAAAAUCUCUUUGAAGUGCUUUCAGAAAACGAAAUUGCCAACCUAAAGUAUGCAUUGAACAAAAAGAUUCAAGACCAUCUUUCAGAAAGACUUUCAAAAAUAGGAAUGAUCACAGAGAGUGAGUUAAGGAGAAUACUUGGAAACUUGUUUCCAGUAGUGGAAAAACUAGCAAAGAGUGAUGAAGGCUCAGAUGAGCAAAGUACGCAACUAGAUACUCAAAGCCUGCAUGACAGGUUUUCAGAAGAAGAACUAAAAAAUCUAAAGUCUCUCUUGAGCAGACUUCUAAAUCAAGGCCACCGAGAGAAACUUUCAGAAUCAGAAGUACAAGGUUUAACAUCAGUUUUAGAGAAAAGCUUUGAGGAUCUUCCCAUACAAAACAGUUCGGAAACUGGGAUAAGCCAAGAAGUUGAGGUAAAGGAUGAAUGCCAUACUAUAUCUCUGCCAGAUGUUGAGGAAAGUCAGAGAGUUAGUAAGACAGAUGUAUCUGAGAGAGGAAAAGUUCCUUCAAAGGAAAGUCUUCAUAAAAUUUCAACAGCGGGUAAAAAACACAAAAUAGAAAAAGAAACUGUAGACCUUUCUGUAACAAAUCUUUUGGAAGUAGAAACAAGGAGCAUAGAAACUCAGACGAUGGGUCAUCCCAAAAAAGUGAAACAUAAAAAAGAAAGUCACAGGUUGCCGAAGUACAGUGAUAAUCUGAACAUACCAAAUAUAACGAGAACAACAUUUGAUGUAGGAUUUAGAAGCAAGUCACCUGAGGAAACUUUGAAGAGAAUCCCUGAACCGUUUGCCCCGUCAUCUUUUUUGAGUGCGCAUGAUAUUGGCAUCCAAAGUGAGGCAAAAAAUUAUUUCUGCAACAAGCCCCCCAGUUUUAUUUCCAAGCCUCCCUUUCCAGUGAACCCUCAAACAUUUCUCUUUUUGCAUUCAGAGUCUGAGGAAGACACAAAGCCAGCAGUUAAACACCACCAGAAGGCAAAAAGGAAGAAAUCUGACAUAAAGAAGGAUAGCGGGUCACACCAGAUGCAGCAAGCAUCAAUGAGUACACAAACCAGGAGAGAAAGGGUGCCUACUGGAAGCACAUCUAAGGAAAUUUUAAAAGAAAAAUGCAAAAGGCACCCACCAACUUCUCCAAAACUGAGCGCCACCGACAACAGGAAGGAUUCCAAAGCAACGGCAUCCCCCAGCGGUACGCGAAAGGAAAGCCUGAAGCAGAAAUCUGAGAAGAAGCGAGAUACGGAGGUUAAGCCCAAAAAAUCACUUACCAAGACUGCUGUCCUGUCUGAUCCACAGAUACAAAGCCAUUCCAAAAACAUUUCGGAAAAAUCAUCCACAACUAAAAUACCAGCUCCUGGGCGUACAAAAGGAAACACAUCGAACAUUGCGGGCCCAGAUGAUAUCGAUAUGGAAGCUUACAGGCAUCUUGAAAAAGCUGUAGAAAGAGCUCUUCUUGAUUUAGGAAGAGUCCCUGAAGGCAGCUCCAGCCAGGGAAGGCCAACUCCUGCUCCAAGUUCUACUACUCUCAUAACCAAAGAUUCACCCAGAUCCUAUCACUCUGCUGUUGAGACUCCAAGAAAUCAAGCAGGCUCAAUAACGGAGAUGCUUAACAAUCAAGAACAGAUCUUAAAAAUGACACCCGAACAACUGGAAGUUGUACUUAGGAUUAUCCAAAAUAUAUUGAGGCAGAACGCAAGACCCCCAAAUAAUGGAUGAAUGGAAACAAUCUUUGUGUAAACCAGCUACGUAUGUAUGUUCUUACUUCCCCCGAGCUAUUAUGAAAAAUAAAACCCUCUGUAUAUAUACAUUUUUAAAGAAAAUUUAAGGAUAUUUUAAAAUUAUUGUAGAUAGGAAGCUGCCUUAUAUGUCAAGUCAAAUAUCAUUGACCCAUAUAUUUCUCUCUGUGUGUGUGUGCGCGCGCGUGUAUGUAAAAUAUGCCACUAUACCUGUUUCCAGACACAAUGUGAAUCAAAACUGCCUGCAAAUGAAUAAAAGGGCUCAGAUUUGAUCCCCACAUCGUGCAAAAGAUUCCUGCAUUGCUAGGAGCUGGAUUGGAUGACUCUUGUGGUCCUUUCCAACUCUAUGAUUCUAUGACUCCCCUAAAAAGGAGCUUCCUCUAGGAUGGAACGGUGCUGACAACAAGCUCCCCCCCCCCCAAAUGCACCAGGGUAUUCCGAUGGAGAAACUCCCCUAGUGCAGCUGAUCCCAAGUAGGGCUUCCUAUCAGCUCUGAUAAACUUGCAACAGAAUAACUGGGAGCUGACGUUAAGCUAGGAAUGGGGCAGUAAUUUGAUUCUGUUUGUAUUUAAAAGUGAAUCUACCUAGUUAGCUCUUUUUAAAACAAUAUGUGAAAUGAAAAACAGACAUCCUGCCAAAUUUGCACUUCGCUGAAUUUUGCAAAUACAGUUCUCCAGCCAAGUAAUGUGUACAAAAACACAAAUAAGGUACAGUGUGUGCGUAAGUGUGCAUUCACAAAAACACACAAAAUGCAUUGUACUAGGGAGCAUAAUAAGUAUUAGGGAAAUGCAUCUUGCAAAAUUGUGCAUUAGGUAAAAAGGUUUAUAUUAGGAAAACUUUGCACUUGGAUUCUGAUUAAUUUUAGGAAUUUCUUUUAAAAAGAAAGCAACUGAUAUGAAACAGUGGAGAAGUGAACUUGAACAAUGGAAAAAUGAGAAGCAGAGAAACCAAAAUAGACAGAUUUGCUCAACUCUACCAGUCUUCCCUUUGGAGCUGCACCUGUACCUGCCUCACAAGUCAGAUGCGAGGCAGGUGAAUGUUGUUUGCGGGAAACAGUCUUGCAGGUCAAAUUGGGACCUGUGCCAGGCCUAAUUAAGCUGAUGGACCAGAGGUUCCUUAGCCCUGCUGUAUACACUGGCUUGCAGUAGCUCAGGGUGUCUUACUUGGAGAUGAAUUGGGAGAAUCUGUAUGUAAAGUGUUUGCCUCUGAGCUACAGACCUUCCUCUAAUGCAGGCAUCCCCAAACUUCGGCCCUCCAGAUGUUUUGGACUACAAUUCCCAUCUUCCCCGACCACUGGUCCUGUUAGCUAGGGAUCAUGGGAGUUGUAGGCCAAAACAUCUGGAGGGCCGCAGUUUGGGGAUGCCUGCUCUAAUGCUUACUUCAAAAUUCCCUACUGGUGUUACUUUAAUACAGAAUGCAAUAUUUUAUCUCUUGCUUGAUGAAAUGUGCUUAGGUGAUUGCUGGAAAAGACCUGAAAAAUGAUAGAUUUGCCUUUAUGAUGUUCAACUUUUAAUAAUUGAAACUUUUUUU